AUGAUAAUCCUUCCAAAUUCUCUUGAACUUGUUGCUUAUCAAUGGCAUACAAUUAAUAUGGGUUAUUUAUUAAUUGGUCUCGGAUUUUUUCUUAUAUGUAUCAUUCAAGAAUUAACAAAUCUUUUUGAAUUAUAUUUAUCAAAAAGACAAAAUAAAAAUGAACAAGAAAAAUUAAUUGAUUCGUCAGUGACAUCGCAUCAUAAUCAUCAAUUAGGACGUCUUGUUACAAUUGUUUUUGGCCUUGGUGUUCAUUAUUUUUUUAAUGGGAUUCUCAUUGGUGGACAAACAAAAGAUACAGCAACAUUAUGGCUUUUAUUAGGUGCUAUUUGUUUUCAUAUGUCUUUACUUGCAUUUUCAGUAACACUUCGUCUAUUGAUUAAUAAUAAAAAUUAUUUUCAAGUAUUUUGUGCUAUGUCUAUUUGGAGUAUAAUGGGACCAAUUGGUGUAUUUAUAGGUUUAUUAGUUAGUUCAGAUUCAUCUAGAUUAAAUUUAAUAAAUGGAAUUUUACAAUGUUUAAGUGCAGGAACAUUUAUAUAUAUAACAUUUAUUGAUAUGAUCUAUGAUGAUCUUAUGAAAACAAAACUUUGCCCAUUCGUUAAUAUAAUUUUGAUAUUUGUUGGAUUUUUAAUUAUUGUUCUAAUUAGUUUAUGGUAUCAACAUGCGCAUUAA